AGUGUUUUUUUUAAAGACUUCUCAUGUUACACAGCACAUUCCUCUCCAAACCUCCACUCUGCUUUCCCUUCUCAAGUCCACCAUCCUCCUGCAACGUGCUUUGUUCUGAGACUUUGGAGACUUUGCAUUGGAAAUGGAACAAUAAACCAAGGGAAAGUCACUUUGGAUGCAUCUCACGACACGUACGGUCCAGUUAAGAUGAGAACUUGACGUGCUGGAAUAAUAGUGUGUUUGAAUGAGGAGCGCAGGAAUUAAGAUGAUGUGGCGCUGAUGCUGUGAGUGAACAGCCAAAGCAUUAGUCUGCUGACGUUAGUGUUUAUGAUGGCUCUAAGAGUUUGGUUGAAGUUCAGACUAAAAUGUCGGUUUGUGGUGGCCUUCCUUUUUUUCUUCAGUCUGACAGUGGCGAUGAUAUACACCCUUCCACCCUUCCCAUCUGAGGAGAGCAGGGAGAAUCUACGGGGCCCCUGCAAUAACAAACCCAGCGAGCUGGUGGAGACGUGGUCUCAGAAACCUUACCUUUCAGUAUCUUCAUAUGGACAGAACAGCAGAACCUCGAAGAACCUUGAAAUGAAAGACUCCGCUAAGCAUCUCCUGAUGGUCAACCACCCCCAACUAUCAUUUUCCUCCGGAAAACAAUUUCAGGAAAAAGUAUCAACCGAAAAGCAUCCAAAAAGUAAAGUAAACAAAAAAGAACGAUAUCUGCAGGACACAAACAAGCCAUUUGCAGCCAGUGCCAAACGAGGGCGAGCCAAUAGACUAGAAAAUAGCAAUAACACAACCAUCCAUCUUCUUCGCUCCACACGUGACCCUCAGGCUGCCAGCAUCCAAAGCCUCCGCCCAAAUAAUAAGACAUGCAGGCACAAAUGCACUCCAGAUGGGGACAGAGUAAAGAGGGUUGUGGGGCAGUUCUCGGAUACACAGCAGGUGGUAAAACUGAAACAGGCCCCUGGAGAAGAGGGAACACAUGAAAGACGAGCAGGGCCCACAGAGAGGAAGAGGCCCAAAUCCGGGGCAGAAAACAACGAUGGGAUUCCAGCAAAGGCAGGCAUCAAGGAGUCAGCCACUGACUGGUGUAAGACUGUCUCUGAUGAGGCUUUUAUUGAAAGCUGGAAUCGGACCAAAGUAGAGACUCUACCCUGGUUCAGUGAGGAUGAUGUGAAAAAGAUGGUGCUUCUCUCCAGCGGCACUGUGUUGAGUAAAGCCAGGCUUCCAGGCCAUGGCCAAGUGCUUCAGGUUGGAUUCAGUGAUAGAUAUAGCAUUGUUGCUUCUGCAGGGGACAAUCAUAUCAAACGCUGCGAGACCGGAAGCUGUGCUCUCAUAAAACGCCCCAAUGACUGGUUUGAGGUGUUCGCCUUUCACCUGGACAGAGUCCUUGGUCUGAACCGGAGCUUGCCCGCAGUGUUGAGAACAUUCCACAGUGAGAUUCUACCAUACAGGUACACAACUGGGUCUCCCAGACCAGUGGUAUGGUGGGAUCCCAGCAUCCAGCAUCUGUCUGAUGCUGACAACGACCAGAACUCUUUUUCACUUACUUGGCCACAAUAUCAGACUCUGCUUAAGAGCAGGUGUGGUGCUUGCGUACCGUUGAACUUCACAACAUGUGUGGGAGUUCAUCAUUCAGAGUGGGGGCGGCUGGCCUUGUUUGACUUCCUGCUGCAGGUGAAUGACAGACUGGACCGGUCUUGCUGUGGUUUCAGACCAGACCCAUCAGAACUUUGUGUAGAAAACCUGCUACAUAUCAAAUGUGAAAACCCAAAGGACUUGAAUCUGGUGCAUAUCCUGGUUCGGAACACAGAACCAUCCAGACUGGUUUUUAUUGACAAUGCAGGAAGACCUCACCAACCACAAGACAAUCUCAACUUCAGACUUCUUGACGGUAUUGAUGAGUUUCCGGAACGUGCUGUUUCAGUGCUGCAGUCAGGAUGUCUGGAGAGGAUGCUUCUCCGCUCCCUGUCUGUGGAUCAGGAAUUCUGGAUGAGCAGAGGAAAGGUGUCCGGACUCAAAUCGCUCAUCCGGCACAUAGAACAGAGAGCCAAGGCCCUUCUCCAGCAUAUACAAGAGAACAAACUGAGACUUAACAGAGAUCUAUAACUCUCCCAUGAAGAGAUUCUCACAUUUAGCAAAUAAUCAAUUACUGAAUUCUCAGAGGACGCAAAAGAUUUAUGGUAAUUGUUUGCUUUAAUUUGGUUCGUCCAGAUUCAUUUAUGUGCAUGUCUCGAAGUGUGUUUGAUGUGCUGUUUACAAAGUCAUGCAAACUAUGGAAGACAGCUUAAAUGAGAGGAGGCAGUGCAUUUGCAUGGAUUUUUGAGUGAUUUCCCUAAUAAGUGUUGACAGUCCUUGAACUUUGAUUAACUGAUGCUCUCAGUAUGAGAGAAGAGAUUCCAGAUGGUCAUUUGCAAAGCAGGACUCAUGCAGAGGCCCAUCACUGUGAAGAGACUUGAGACUAUGUCCUAAGCAGACACGAUGCAAUAAGAUUUCAACAACUAGCUAUUUAUCUUUCCAUGCUGCAUGUGAAAGUGCUUCCCGGUGGCACAUGGUUACAGCCAAUUAGAAUAUAUGUAAUAUUUAAUAUUACAGUUAUGAGGAGUGGGACUUUGGAUUAAUGAGAUUUCAUAGUGGAAGGGGUUCGUCAGUCUAAUGAAAGUCAUAAUAUUUGGCUUAUUUACAACUAAAAAAAAAUGUAGAAAAUCUUUCACUCAUUUACAUUGGACGAAAUCAGAAUUUACAUGGAAUGAAUGGAGGUUUUGUUUAGAACGUCA